CAUCCGCUAGUUUUAACACCGCGCCACCGUAGAAAGCAAGCACAUAAACAACAGCGUCUCGUCAACGAAAGUUCUUUGUUCAUCUCCAGCUAGAACCUUAAGCACCACGAUGUCCGACAAGAUGAGUAUGUCCCUGGACGACAUUAUCAAGUUAAAUAAGAAAGGCGGCGGCAGAGGCGGUGGCGGCGGCGGCGCUGGAGGAAGAUCAUCCGAGCAGGGUGGAAGUUCUGGUCGGGCCGGUGGAUCUUCAAGGCCGGCCAGGAGUCGACAGAAUAACUUCAACCGUGAUAGAAACAACAGAACAACACCAUACACCAGGCCCAGAGAGUUGCCAGACAAAUGGCAGCAUGAUAUGUUUGAGGAGCAUGCUGGUGGACGCAGAGGACAACAGAGCGCUGUGGCAGAAAGAAGUGUAGAAUGUAACGGCAAGCUGCUGGUAUCCAAUCUGGACUUUGGUGUCUCUGACUCUGAUGUCAAGGAAUUGUUUGCAGAGUUUGGAGACUUACUGAAGGCGUCUGUACACUACGACCGCUCUGGGCGCAGUAAAGGAACGGCCGAUGUUCACUUUGAAACUAACGCAGCAGCACUCAAAGCCAUGAAGCACUAUAACGGUGUCCCACUUGACGGCCGUCCCAUGAAAAUCCAGCAGCUGACCUCUGACGUUGACACGCAGAGUAGACCAUCUCUACAAAGUUCAAAUGGAGGGUUUGACCGCAGCAGACUUGGCCAGCCCAAGUUUGAAAGGAGUGAGAAGAGUGAUAGGGGUGAUCGCGGUGAAAGGAGAGAAAGAAGGCAAGGUGGUGGUGGCGGCGGUGGAGGUUACAGAGGAAGAGGAGGGCGGGGAGGCGGAGGAGGAAGAGAAAAAAGACCUCAACUUUCUGCAGAGGAGCUUGACGCCCAGUUGGAUGCAUACAAUGCCAAGAUGGACACCAGCUAAAGUUCGAAGCACUCGGAAAGGAUGAUGCUCCUGUGCCCCUUUUUUCUUUCUUUGUUAAAUCUGGUUGAUCAGAUACGAUGUAUCGGACCUUAUUACACUUUUCGUUGUGUUUUUAAGCCAUUUUAUUGUAUGGACCAUGAUAUUUUGGUGGUUUUUAAUAUUUUUCAGUAUUUUUGUAGCCAUGUUUUCUGGAGCAGUUUUAUGUUUUGAAUUUUUUUGUUUUGUUCUAGGCCACCAGCUCCCGUGCUCUUUUCCAAGUGUAUGUUGACCUGACACACAAUGGAUUAUUUUUCUUGACUCAACGAAUCUUGAAUUGGUGGUCCCCAAGUCUGUUUAAUGUUAUGUGAAAAAGCUUCUGUGCUGAAGUUCUGUCAUUUGGUACUGUAUACUGGACACAUGGACAUAUUUCAUAGGGUUUUGUACAUAAAUAAUUAUAUUGAAUCAUGUUUCUGGUGUUCAUUUAGAAAUGUCUCUUCCUGUGACAAAUGCAGUUCCAACUUUUUUUAAAAUUAAACACAAAAAGAAUGAA